ACCGGAAGUGUAACAUUGGAGUUAUUGGAAAACAGGAACGCAUGUGGUCCGGCUUUUCUAAAAUAUUCCAACGUGUCUAUUUAUUCGAAAGUGAAAUUUAGCUGCUGUCAAGCUACAUAGAGACACCCUCUGUUUCGUAGAGACACCAUUGACGUUGCUCGUUUCUUUCUUUCAAGCUGGCGAAGGAAGCUGAAGCUCACUCUUUAUAAUGUCACAGGCCACCAAACGCAAACAUGUUGUCAAGGAGGUUCUUGGAGACUUUGUCACUCCCACAGAGAACCAGCAGAUUGUGAAGAUCACUGGUAGCCGUGGCAACAACCUCCAUGAAACUGUCACCGCCCAGGGCGAGACUUUCCUUGUGAGCAUGCCCACCAAGUUCCGCAAGAACAUCUGGAUCAAGAGAGGUGACUAUGUAAUUGUGGAUCCCAUUGAGGAAGGAGAGAAGGUGAAGGCAGAGAUCAGCUUCAUUCUCUACAAAGAUCACAUCCAGUACCUGCAAAAACAGAAGCUCUGGCCAGAGGGUUUUACAGAGGAGUCGUCAGACCAGGAAGCAACGAACAAACAGCAGGAAAAGGAAGAAGAGAAAGACGAGGAAUAUAGUGACUCUGAAGAUGAUGAGAGCGACCUCUUUGUAAACACUAACCGCUGUAACUACGAGUACAGUGAGAGCGAGGAGGAGGACAGUGAGGAAGAAGAUGAUGACCAAGAGGAACGGACAGAAAAUGGCUCAUAGUGGCAGCACUGUGGACACGGACAAUCGAGAGGGAGAGUUGUGAACAUCAUGAGACAGUGUGCUCUGCUGUGCUGCAGCUGUCACUGCCUCUGGACUGCCUGGUGUAGUCAUUAAAUGACUGGACUUUAACUCAGCGGAACAAAAUAAGUCUUGCUUGUGAAAGUGAAUUGAAAAAAAAAAAAAUCAGAUAUCAGUGACGUCAAACUUUAAGUCAAAGGUAAUGAGAAUCAUGUUUGAAAUUCUGAUGGAUCAGUUUCCACUCUGCUCUCAGUGUCUCAGACUCACGCAUGUUUAUACUCUGAUCUCAAGUGCAGAACAUUACAGGAUACACAGUACUCCCAGGCUUACUGUACAUUUACAGGUUAAGGUUAAUUGUUAUAUCCAUUCGUCCUCCUCUACAGGACAAAAUAAAUCUAUAACAAACUCACAAAAAGUGUGUGACUCAGAACCUUGGCACUAUCAUCAGAACACGUUUGUCAUGUUUGAUUUUAAUUGUUAGUUCAGACUGUUGAAGAAGUCCAGGGUGUGGUAGGAAUUGAAACACCUUUCCAGUUUCACCAGUCCUUUGAAGAAUAUUGUUUUAACUAGCUGGUCAGUUAAUGCUCCUUUACAAAGCUAAAUGUCAUGCUCAUUGUAAAGAUUCGAUUUUCUAAAUGCAGCUGCUUGGUGAUAUACUUUGUCACAGACGCUGAAAGAUCAACAUGCUCUGGUUUCAGCUGACUUUGUAUCACGCUGUAUUCAAUAGUUGUUGUGACUGAUUUGUGACUCAUCUUUGCUGACAUUCCUUACGCAGUUGCUGAUUUUGGUUUGUGUAAUGAUGAACAUUUUGGAAAUAGAUUCAUUCUUGAGCUGUGUCUUCCAAUUGUAAAGAAUGUCCGUCUUUUCAUUUCACGUUCAAAGACCCAUCUCUUUUAGAAGCAGUUGUGCAUAAGUAAAACAAGUGUGUGUAUAAAAGUAUUUUCCGUAAGUGCAAUGUAUAAAUUCCCAAAAGCUGAGCUCACAAUAUUUGACUUGAAGUGUCAUUGAGUAAUUUGUUCCACAACUGGAACCAGUUCAACAGGAACUUUCGACUUGACACAUUUUGCCCCCCAGGUGUUAACAGAAACUUAAUGAGACAACAUGCUGCAUAUACAAAGUGGUGCUAACUGCGUACGCUCAGCUAUUUACGUGGAAGCCCAUAAUGCUGUGAACUAACUGCAGUGUGAAAUACUCACAGACCAGUUCUGUUCAAAGAUUAUGUUGUGCAACAGACUAACAAGCAUGGAUGCUACCUAAUUCUUAAAGUGUGAAUAUUUUGACACGUUUGAAAGCUAUUUAUUCUUGAUCAGAUCAGCCAAGGGUGUUGGGCUGUUUACUUUUAGGGCAAUACGGUGUCCCCACCCCCAUCCCCCAGGAAAUGGCAACCAUAUAUAGCUAAUUCCUGUGUUAAUACAUUUGUAAUAAUGAAAUGAAAUUGGUCAUUGUGUAUACAUAAUGGUUAUUAAACACAAAAACAUACUA